AUGGCACCAGGAGUCUCAGACCAUUGCAUGUCUCUAACAUGGCUAGUCAAAGAAGUUCCUGCUAAUAGGCCAAAGCCGUUCAAAUUCUUCAAUUUUUGGGCUACUCAUCCAAGCUUCAUAAAUGUAGUAAGUCAUUCAUGGUCCCAACCUGCUCAUGGCGAUCCUAUGCAAAUUCUCCUUACUAAACUUAAAAGACUCAAAGUAUGUCUUAAGUGUUCUAAUAAGGAAAAUUAUAGCAAUCUCUCUGAUCGAAUCAAGCUUAAAAGAAUAGAGUUGGAACAUCAACAACUACUCACUUUAAAGGGACAUGACACAAUCGAUAAGGAACUAUUAUUACAAAAAGAGCUGAAUACUUUGGAAGAUUCUGAAGUUGCGUUCCUUAAGCAAAAGGCAAAAGUGCAGUUGAUUAAAGAUGGAGAUAAAAAUUCCAGAUUUUUCUAUUCGAUGAUUUCUUUUAAAAACAAAAGGGAUACUGUCCGAGUUCUUGUGGAUGAUCAAGGCAAUAGAUUGGAGUCCUUUGAAACAAUGUCAAAAGAAGUAAUCUCAUUCUUUUCCAAUCUGAUUAGAACAACUGACAACCUAGUCAAAGAUAUCGAUCCUAUUCUUCUCAAAGACCUUUUCAACUAUUCAUUGACAUAUGAAGCUUCUUCUAGCCUUGUUAAGGAUAUUACUCGAGAAAAAAUCCAGAAAGCAGUUUUCUGCCAAGGUAAUGAUAAAGCUUCUGGACCCGACGGUUUCGCCCCUUUCUUCUUCAAGAACUCUUGGAAUAUAGUGGGUGAGGAUGUUGUAGCUGCUAUUAAAUUCUUAUUUCUCAAUGCUAAAAUUCACCAUGCUUUUAACUCUACUAUUAUUGCUCUUGUUCCUAAAGUUCCAAAUCCGAGUGCAGUUAAAGACUAUCGGCCUAUCUCUUGUUGUUCUGUUAUCAACAAAAUCAUUACCAAAAUCAUCGUUAGAAGAUUGACUGAUGUUCUCCCAGAGAUUAUUACUUUGAAUCAAACAACUUUCAUCAGAGGAAGGAGCAUUAUAGAUAAUACCCUCCUUGCACAGGAGAUGGUUAAAGGCUAUGCAAGGAAAUCCAUUUCCCCGAGAUGCGCUCUGAAGAUCGACCUUCAUAAAGCUUUUGAUUCCAUUCACUGGGGAUUCAUCAUUCAAAUUCUUAAAGCUCUCAAUCUCCCUAUUGCUUUCAAUGCUUGGAUCGAAGCUUGUUUCACAGGAGCAAGGUACUCCAUUUCUUUUAAUGGUACCUUAAUCGGCUAUUUUAAAGGAGUUAGAGGCCUAAGGCAGAGAGACCCUUUAUCCCCCUACCUUUUUGUUCUUGCAAUGAAUAUUUUAUCCAUAAUGCUAAAUUUAGUUGCCGAAAGAGGAAUGCUUGGCUUCCAUCUAAAGUGUAGGAAAAUUGGUCUUACUCAUCUCUCGUUUGCUGACGAUUUAUUGAUCUUUUGCAAAGGUAAUGUUGACUAUGUUGUUGGUGUUCUCACUACUCUUGACCAAUUCUAUGAUGUCUUUGGGCUCAAGCUGAAUCCUGCCAAAUGUGAGAUUUUUGCUGCGGGGAUUCAUCCAAGAAUCAUGGAGAAUUUAAAAAUUAUUACAGGGUUUAAAAUUGGAAAUCUCCCUGUUCAUUAUCUUGGUAUUCCUCUUGUCACCCGUAAACUUACUGAAAAGGAUUGCCAAGCUUUAAUCGACAAUAUCAAGCUCAAACUUCAUCACUGGUCUAACAGAAAUCUCAGUUAUGCAGGCCGAUUAGAGCUCAUCAGAUCAGUCUUAUUCAAUGUCAGCAGCUACUGGUGCAGACAACUUGUUCUACCAGCUUCCAUUCUUAAAAAAGUGGAUCAGAUUUGCUCCAGGUACUUCUGGAAAGGAGCAGAUAAAUCUGCUGCUGGUGCUCGUGUGAGUUGGGAUAAAAUUUGUAUUUCCAAAUCAGAAGGUGGCCUCGGAUUGAAGAACAUUAAAACUUGGAACAAAGCUUGUCUCAUUAUCCUCAUCCGGAAAAUAUUAGCAGGAGACGGAUCCCUGUGGGUAGCGUGGCUUAAGGCAUAUGUCUUUAAGGAGCAGGAUUUUUGGCACUAUCAAGCAGCAACUAACUUAAGUUGGACCAUCAACAGGAUCUUAAAAUCAAGAGUUGAAGCUCUUCCAUUCCUUUCCACCGGUUCUCCGCAAGCUAAUGAAAUUUGGGACUUGAUUCGUUGCAAAGGGCAGACUGUUAUAUGGCACAAACUCAUUUGGUUCCCAUUCCUAAGUUCAUCUUAA